GUCACAUUGUUGUGCAUUUUCAGGGUUUUCUCCGCGCGUAUUCAAUUCUCAGCCUUUCAGCUCGAUCGUGGUAUUCAACGAUUUCUUCGCCAGGUAGUAAUGAGAAAGUCACUUUGAUUGAGCACGUCGUUGAGUGCUGGCUAAUACAAUUUAGUUUUUUCCAAGCGCGGUCAGGAUUUGUGUGAUCUCCAUGUUGCAAAUUGCCCAUGAGAGGUCUGUUGAAGCGAGAAUUUGAGCCUUUGAUCGACGUGAAGAGGAAUUUGGUUGUGAAGGGGAUCCUGUAGCCUCAGCCGAUCGGAGCCAUCUCGCUUGAGGUUUUUACCGGGGUCAGGAUCCGCCGACUAUGUCAACUUCGGCGGAAUCGCCGUCCGUGACCGGUCCUCGGAAAGUGGUGGUGCUCUUUAGGGCUACUGGGGAUGCACCUAUUAUGAAGCAAUCUAAGUUCAAGAUUGGAGGCACUGAGAAAUUUGCUAAGGUUAUUGAUUUUCUGCGCAAACAGCUUCAUCGUGAGACAUUGUUCGUGUAUAUAAACAGUGCUUUCUCCCCAACUCCUGAUGAAAACAUCUGGGACCUGUUUGAGAAUUUCGGCAUUGAUGGGAAGUUGAUAGUGAAUUACGCCUGCUCUAUGGCUUGGGGUUAACCCAGAAUUCUUGCAUUUGCAGCGUUGUUGUAAGUCACUACAAACGUCACAAACUUGUCCGGACUGAAUAGCCCUACUCCACUAUGAGGGAGGUCGAAGUGCGGAUCAUAAAUUUUUAGCUUUUGUAAGUAGGUUUUCAGGUUAUAAUUUUAUUUUGUAAAUAAAGUAAUCCCAUAAUUUGUGCGAUUUCACUA